AUGAAGGUCCCCUACAACUGCCUAGAGCCAUCUGGCAACGUCGUCUUUGCUGCCCGGGGCGGGAAGAUUCACUCCUUCAGCCUGGAGGACGGUUCUCAUCUCUCAACAUGGAAGCACCCUGAUGUUGAAAAGGUGAACGCCGCCGCCGCUUCGGCCGCCGCCUCAAAGGUUGAGAUCGAGGUGAGCUCGGGUGUACCUACGCCCUCAUCCCCGACCAACAAUGAGGAUGGCCCCCCUGCCAAGCGUCAAAGAGUUGAGAGCACCGAAGAGGAGAAGGGAGACGGGGAUAGUGAGCAGGCCAAGGAUGGCGACGCCAUGGUCGUUGAUAGUGAACCCGCGAAGCCCCAGGAUCAAAAGAGAGACAGGAGAAAGGGGAACAAGCAGAUGAGGCGGAAUAACAGGGACGGCCAACAGCAGCAGAACAACCGCGGCGGCGCAUUUGCAAGAGUCCCAGACUACCCCGUCAUCACCAUCAUGACGACGACCAGUGACGGGAGCCACCUGCUGGCCAUCUCAGGUCACGACAAGUUCCUUUGGGUGUUUGAACAUGACGGCAAGGGCAACUUGAAAGAGCUGAGCCAGAGACAAAUGCCCAAACGCCCCUGCUCAGUCCUCAUCUGCCCGGACAAUCAGACAGUCCUGAGCGCGGACAAGUUCGGCGACGUCUACUCCCUGCCCCUAAUCCCCUCGGAGGCUACCGCAGCAGACUCCACGGCCCAGCCUGAUGCCGCCGGCUCGGAGACGGCUUCCCCGGCGCCGUCUGCCGCCCCCAAGCCCUUCAAGCCCGAGGCCAACCCCCUGACGGUGCACUCCAAGAGCAACCUCCGCGCGCUCCAGAGCCAGCUGCGCGAGCAGCAGAAGUCGAAGCGCGACGCCCCCAAGGACCAGCCGACGUUCGAGCACACGCUCCAGAUCGGCCACGUCUCCAUGCUCACGGCGCUGACGCUCGCCUCCAAGGGCAGCCGACGGUACAUCAUCACGGCAGACCGCGACGAGCACAUCCGCGUCUCGCGUUUCAUGCCGCACGCGCACGUUAUCGAGGGUUUCUGCCUCGGUCACGCAAACUUUGUCAGCGCGCUCACGCUCCCUAGCCAGGACGUCUUGAUCUCGGGCGGCGGCGACAGCGAGCUGUUCGUCUGGGACUGGGAGGCUGGCAAGAUCUUGUCCAAGUUCGACCUCCUGGAGCAGGUCCAGCAGGUCGAGAAGGAGGCUUCCAAGGUUGCCGUUUCUCAGCUCCUCUCCGCCGCGGUUACGGCCAACGGCCUACAGGUCCCUGUGGUCCUAGCAGUGUGUGAAAGCGUGUCUGCCAUCUUCGUCCUCCGUCUCUCGGAAGAGAAUACUUUGACCCAUGUCCAGACCAUCUCCACCCCCGGAAACCCCCUUCACGUGGCGCCGGUCGCCAGCGACAGCUCCCUUACGAACAUCCUGGUGGCCAUCGACCCGGCAGAAAACGACAACGCACCCAAUGGGAUCGUGUCGUUCAGAUGGACCGGCGCCGCCUUCUCAUCACAGGACCUUGGGAUCCAGGAUGCAGGUGUUAAUGAAGGCGAGUUCGACAUGUCGCACGAGCAGGUGCGGAAACUGCUGUACAACACCGAAGACUUGCGCAAGCGAGGGGAGGACGAGCAAGGCGACGAGGCAGAGCAGGGAGAACAGCAACAGCAAGAGGAGCAGGCGCAGGACGGGGAGCCGACUGAGGCGUCGUAG